UCGGCGGGGAGCCGCGACUACCGCAUCACCGCUGACGUGGGGGCGACGUGGGGUCGGCGCGGGCUGAGCGGCAGCGCCGCUGCGGAGCGGCCGUCGGGCUCGUCGUCCCCACCUCCUCGCGUCCGUAAGCAGUGACGAGGUCCGCUACGUAAAUCCCUUCGCGGCGGGAUAAAUAAAGAAGAAAAGGAGGAAGGAGCAAAGCUUUGAUUGCACAUGUCUUGAUAAUGAGUAAAUGUAGCAGGAAAAAGUAUAUUAAGGCAAAUAUCAGACAAAUGACCAUGGAAACAAUUGAAUCUCCACAGGAUGGAAGCAUAAUAAAUUCUGUGGUAGAGCGAGAUUCUGGUCAUAUGCAAACUCAGAGUGGCCAGAAUUCAAUCCCCACUCUAGCUCAGGGUUCUCAGUGGAUGUGGUGGCAUCAGCAUAACCUAUGUUUCAGACAUCCCAUAGAAGAAGAUUAUUCUUCAGAGGAUCUGGAACAAAAGGUUUCUGUAGCUGGAUCAGGCAUCAGAAGAGGCUGUCCAGCUGUGACUCUAGUGCAGUUACCUUCAGGCCAAACUGUGCAGGUCCAGGGAGUAAUUCAGACACCACAGCCAUCGGCUUUUCAGUCACCACAAAUACAAACUGUUCAGGUAGCAACAAUUGCAGAGACAGAUGAAUCUGCAGAAUCAGAAGGUGUAAUUGAUCCACAUAAACGCAGAGAAAUCCUUUCGCGAAGACCCUCUUAUAGAAAAAUACUGAAUGAACUUUCCUCGGAUGUGCCUGGUAUUCCCAAGAUUGAAGAAGAAAAAUCAGAGGAAGAAGGAACACCCCCUAACAUCGCUAUGGCAGUGCCAACUAGCAUAUAUCAGACUAGCACGGGGCAAUACAUUGCUAUAGCCCAAGGUGGAGCAAUCCAGAUUUCUAACCCAGGAUCUGAUGGUGUUCAGGGACUGCAGGCACUAGCAAUGACAAAUUCAGGAGCUCCUCCACCAGGUGCUACCAUUGUACAGUACGCAGCACAAUCCGCAGAUGGCACACAGCAAUUCUUUGUCCCAGGCAGCCAGGUUGUUGUUCAAGAUGAGGAAGCUGAGCUUGCCCCAAGUCACAUGGCUGCUGCCACAGGUGACAUGCCCACUUACCAGAUCCGGGCCCCUACUACUGCAUUGCCACAGGGCGUAGUGAUGGCCGCCUCACCAGGAAGUUUGCACAGCCCCCAGCAGCUAGCGGAAGAAGCAACACGGAAACGGGAGCUGAGGUUAAUGAAAAACAGGGAAGCUGCUAAAGAAUGUCGACGUCGAAAGAAAGAAUAUGUGAAAUGUCUGGAAAGUCGAGUUGCAGUGCUGGAAGUUCAGAACAAGAAGCUUAUAGAGGAACUUGAAACCUUGAAAGACAUUUGCUCUCCCAAAACAGAUUAGUAGAAAUAUUUAACUAUGAACUGACUACAGCAUGUACAGUUGCUUUUUUGAAAGCAAUACAAUAUAUAGCCGGCAAGAAUAAUGGCUUUUUCUUUGUAUUAUUCAUCUUCCUUUCUCAUCUCUUAACAUUCCUAAAAUGCUUCACUGUACGUACUUAACUCUUAGCCCAAACUACAAUUUUUAAAAAGAGAGAAACUGUAAAAAAAAAAAAAAUGUAUGUAAAAAUUCUUGAAAUAUUUGUAAGACUUGUUCCAAUGCGACAUAUUUGCAGUUCCCAACUUCUGUGUCAUAAAUAGUGUCCUUUGCAAUAAAAUUUCACACAGAUCUUAAAAAAAAAAUCAUUUUAGGAAAGGAUGAUCAAAGAUGCAUCCAGCAGUACAAUAAAUCAAACCACAAAAAUACCUCAGGAAAUAAUGGAAAGUCUAUCUAAUUAUAUGCCUAUAUGACAAGAAUAGCCUAGGAAUGAAUUUAUGGCAUUUAUAGAUUUUUAUAUUAGUGGCUUUGUAAAGAAACUAUUGUAUUGCUGUCCUUUAAUGCCGUAAAGACAUUUUUUUAAUAGAACCAUGUCAGUUGUAUUUU